ACCAUCAACAAGUGGCCAGGUCCGAUGGCCACGGCCUUAUCGCUUCCCUCUCUCCCCGGCGCCCAUUCGCGCGCGCCACCUUCCCCGGCACUAGGCAGCUCGUGGACCAUGACCGUCCGGCGACAGUGACCGCCGUAGAUCAGACAGACAGACACGCAAAUGCGGGCGAGCUCCGCCAAAAUCGCAGCCCCCGAUCCACCGCUGCCUUCCCCACCCAAAAUCUCGCGGAACCUCACCAACCUCGGGCAUUCGGGCAAAAUCCCCGCGCCGCUUCACACCGCAGCAGCCACGCGCCCCGCGCCCACGCGCGGCACCCACCCACCCCGAGUCCGUUCCCCACCGCGAACGGCCCCAAAACUGGGGUCGCGCGCGGCGAGCUCACGCGCCACGCCUCGCCCCGCCCCGCGCCGCGCGGCGAGCCGAACGGAAAGGUACGGAGGUAGGUGGCUGGCCUCGCGCGGCCGCCGGGUUGCCCCUCCCCUCUCUUCCCGUCCGGGGCCCCUUUUCUACGGCUCCGUCCUCCCCGUCCCCGCACCCACCACCCCGAAAACCAAACUCCCCCGUCCCCCGCUACCAACGCUGUGCGCCAAACGCAUUCCCAGGUCAAACCGAAACCGAGCGCAUGGAGGCCGCGGCGGCGACCGCGCUCCCGUUCGCGGCGGCGGCCGUCGUCUCCGCGCGGGGCGGGUGUACGGCGAUGGUGGCAGCGGGGUGCGCCGCGCGCCCCCGGCCGCGGCAGGGGCGGUGGCGGGGCGCGUCCGUGGUGGCGAAGAUGGAGAGCGGGCAGGGGAAGGGGGUGCCCACCACGAACUACGUGGUGCCGCUCGACAAGGCCACCGGGAUGACGCGCCCGCUCGUGGAGAUCCUGCGGGACCUCAACAAGCGCGUCCCCGACAAGAUCAUCGACCCCGAGACCAACGCCGUGCACUGGUAUCAUGCCAACAGAAUGCUUAGCUUUUAUGCACCAGGUUGGUGUGGAGAAGUUCGUGAUGUUAUUUAUUCUCCGAAUGGAACUGUAACCGUGGUCUAUCGAGUGAUACUGAAAGGAACUGAUGGAGAGGCAUACAGAGAUGCCACAGGCACGGCCCAGGUCCAUGAGGGCCACAGGGAAGACGCUGUUGCAGCCGCAGAGGAAGAAGCAUUCUGCAAAGCUUGCGCACGGUUCGGUUUUGGCCUGUACCUGUACCACCAGGAUGAUAUGCAUCACGAGGAUCACUUCCAUUGAGGCUUGUUCCGCACUGAAGCUGCUCUCAAGUCGCCAAAUGCUUAGGAUAUGCCCCUGGGAACUUCAUGUCCAGAGAAAUUUUUGUUCUUUGUGUAGUAUCGUAUUCAUACCACAAGUGACUAGGCGUGCUUCCACCUGAAUGUGAAUGUAGAUACGAACAAAGCCUGUAACUUGUUUCUGCUCCUCCCUUUGUUGUUAAGAGAGUCGAUGGCUCGAUGCCAUCCUGCAAGAACCUGUUCAGAUAGGAAACCAUUAUGGAAAUUCUGUUGUUACUUGAUUGUUGUAUUGCUCCAUCUCAUGCAACGUAGGUGUAUUUGCUCCUUC